GCCACCUUUGAACACUGUUUCCGUGGCUAUUUUUAGGCAGUUUCGUACAAUGUUUUUUGUCUCGGGGUUUUUGUUAAUAAAUUAGCCAGAAAAAACAAAGUAAAUAAGGUUCUCUGCUGAUUGGUGGCCAUGGAUUUGGUGGACAUUGACCAGGUUUUGGACAAUCUGGAACUGCGCAUUGCCGCCGAUGAGCAGCUGACCAGGAAUGCAGCAGCAGCAGCCGCGAUAUCCGCAAAUCCUGGCCGAUUUCUGGGCGAUGGAGCAAGUGCAUCCAACAGUGGAGGUGGAGUGGCAGUGGGAGCGGGAGCAGCGGGCUCCGGAGCUGCACCAGCACCUCUGGGAGCGGCGGCCUCCGGAAAAACCUUUGUGGGCGUCUCCCAGGUUUUCAACAGCCUGGACGACUAUAGGGAGAAUGUGAAAUCCUUGGAGGUGGACGCCCAGAUGCCCAGCUACGACUGGCAAGCGGAGGCGGACCACGAGGAUGACAUCCACAAAUUCAGCGAGCAGGCGGCCAAAAACAAAGGCCAGGCUAUAGUGUCCUCCUCCGAAUCCCUGACCACUUCGUCCUGUUCCACCUUCUCGUCGGGUCCAUCGCCCGUCAGCAAUGGCAGUCACUCCGACGAGGUAACCACGCCCCCGGAAAGCGACAAGCCAAGUGAAGUUCAGGUGGUGCCCAAGGAGCUGGAUCAACAGCCGGAACAGCUUAGAGAUGAGGAUGAGAUUCAAGGUCAGGCGAUCGCAGCAGAGCCCAAGCAGUCCAAGGAAAAUGUGGAGGAGUUGGCCGUGGGAUUGUCCUCCAUUUCCAUCACAGCAUCCGUCACAGAAUCGCAAUCCUUGUUGCCGGAGGAGGUGACUGCUUCCUCCGUUCUCGGACAGGUCCUUCAGGAGCUCUCGGAGGAGUCGUCGCCCAGCAGAGAACCCGAAACGGAGAUGACCAAUGGCAUAGAGGUUCCAGUAGCCAUUGUGAAAGCAGCUAUUCCGGACUUACCGGUCCCAAAAGAAAAGGAGCAACCGCCACAAACUGAAGAAGAGGAUAUAGAGCAGCUGCAGGAGCAGCAUCCCAGGCGGAGUCAACCCCUCACCUUUUGCUCCACAAUGGACGAGAUCUCGGAUACCGAGUUGGACAGCAUGCUGCAAGAGAUGGACGCGGAUGACAACCAGGAGGGUGAUCAGGAAAUGCCUGAGGACGAGAAAUCCCCCUCCGCCUCACCAGUGACCGAGGAGGAGUCCGUGCGGAUUUUAUCCGACGAUCAGGAGACAACCUCCAACGACCAGAUGAACGUGGACAACUUCUCUCAGGCCUCCACAGUGGAGUUUGCCGAUCUGAAGCCACAGGAAUCCACACCAGUCACCGCAAUGGGCGAAGAUAUUGCCUCCAGUUUCAGCAGCACGGAAUCGGAUUCGCUUUCGGGCAGAAAGCUGGACGGCGAGGAGGAACCAGAGGCUGACAGAGAGCAAGAGGAUGCCAGCCUGGCCACUGAUGCGCUGGAAACGCAGGAACAGCGUCCACAACGACCGCAAACCUUGGAUUUGAAUGGUUGCCAGACGGGUAAUUCAACGCCGGGCGAGGACGAAACGCCUGAGAUUCAACAGGGUCAGUCCCAGCCCGCCGACGUCAUGGAAGGAGCAGCGGGAGCUGGUGUAGUACUCGGCGAAGAUGACGAGGAAAGCCCCAUCUACGAGGCCGUGGGCUACAGCGAUCCGCACGCCAACCUGGGCAAGGUGCCCCCCAUUUGGGUGCCCGAUAACAUGGCCGGGCAGUGUAUGCAAUGCCAGCAGAAGUUCACCAUGAUAAAGAGGCGGCACCAUUGUCGUGCCUGCGGAAAGGUCUUGUGCUCUGUUUGCUGCUCCCAGCGUUUCCGACUGGAGUUUGCCAACGAGCCGGAGUCCAGGGUGUGCGUGCAAUGUUAUAUGAUUCUAUCAGAGCGGCAGGCCAACGGAUCCAGUUCUGAGUCAGCUCCUGGUUCAGCCUUGCCGCCGACUCCCAUGCGCUCGCCCAAUCCCAACAACCCGAUGGAAUACUGCUCCACAAUACCGCCUCACCGUCAGGUGGCCACAACGCCGGGAGCUCCGCCGCCCAGUGUUAUUGUGCCCGUGGGUGUGCUGAAGAAAACCGAUGGCAGCUCCUCAAACUCCUCCAGUUCGGAUGGCCAGAGGGGCGUCAGGAAGCGGAAAAGUGUUAUGUUUAGUGAUGGCAUUGCGCCAGGCAGCGAACUGGCCAGCACCAUGGAGCAGCAGUGGGGCGAGGCCAAGCAGGCGAGGCGAGGACUCUCCAGGAGUGGUUCGGGAGCUGGUCAGAAACCGCCCACGCCAGCGACGGAGGAGCCACCACGCAGCAUUGACACUAGCUCUACUUUGGGCCUGGUGGCACAGCUUUUCCGCGGCUCCAUUCCCCCAAGUGCGGCGGCUGCCACGUUGUCAGCCACCGAAUCACCAAGCGCUGGACGCUCCUCAUCCCAAGCUCAGACCUCGCCGCGGCGCAAAGCGGAGCCUGCGCGCCAUCGCAAACUACCGCCGAACGGAGACGCCCAAGGCUGCUAUUUGCCCCCCGAGGAGAACGGUCUGCCCCCCAUUUGUAUAACUAGCAAAGAGGGCGGCGAGGUCGACUACAAAGUGGUGCGCAACGACGGAUCGCUCCUCGAGCGAUUGCAAAAUGAAACGCUCAAGUUUAUCAUAAAGAACAACUUCUUUGUGCUGGUCAAGAUUGUUAACAUGAGUUGCUGUAUGAAUCGUUGGGUGCUGAAUUUCACCACCUCCGGACUACAUCACAUGGGCAGCGAUGAGUUGAUUAUUCUGCUGGAGAUUAAGCAGCCUAAGCAGGGAGAACCUGUAAACGGGGAAGUGGCUAUUCCAAAGGACAUAUUCCAGCAUCUGUAUGAGAUCUACUUGGAGGCGGAACAUGCCCAGUCCAGCACCCAUGAACUAGCCUUUACCAGUCCGCGCACCGCCAAUUUCCUGGGCUCGCGGGAGCACGGAGGAUUCAUUUUCAUCCGGCCAACAUACCAGUGUCUGCAGGGCGUAAUUGUGCCCGAUAAUCCCUACCUGGUUGGCGUGCUCAUACAUCGCCACGAGGUUCCGUGGGCUAAGGUAUUACCACUACGAUUAAUCCUCCGCUUGGGCGCCCAAUAUCGCUACUACCCCUGUCCACUGAUCUCGGUGCGUGGCAGGGAAUCUGUUUAUGGGGAGAUAGCUCAAACUAUCAUCAAUUUCCUGGUGGAUUUCCGCAACUACUCGUACUCUCUACCAGCUAUCCGAGGAUUGUACAUCCACAUGGAGGAUAGGCAGACGACGGUGAUUAUUCCAAAGUAUCGCCAGCAGGAUGUGAUAAAGGCAAUCAACAAUGCCAGUGAUCAUAUAUUGGCAUUCGCUGGCAACUUCUCAAAAGUGGCUGACGGACACUUGGUGUGCAUGCAGAAUAUAAACGACGAUCGGUCCGAGAUGUACUCCUACUCCACGCAGGCCAUUAACAUUCAGGGUCAGCCGAGAAAAAUCACGGGCGCGAGUUUCUUUGUCCUAAACGAGGCUCUAAAGAGCAGCAGUGGAUUGUCGGGAAAGUGCAGCAUCGUGGAGGAUGGGCUGAUGGUUCAGAUCAUGCCCGCAAAAAUGGAGGAAGUGCGUCAGGCGUUGCGCAACCAAAACGACAUCGACAUCGUCUGCGGACCCAUCGAUGCCACUGACGAUCAGAGUGAGAUUGUAAGCAUCAAGUGGGUGGACAAUAAUCGUGACAUCAAUGUGGGGGUGAAGUCCCCCAUUGAUGACCAACCCAUGGAUGGCAUCUCCAACAUGCGUGUCCACGCCAGCUUCAACUAUUCCAACGCCAAUUACGCCAUCCGUUUGAGUGAUAUCUACAUUGUCAAGUGCGAGGAGUGGUACAACACAAAUGGUGGGAACUAUGCGGACGUAACACGGAUUGCCGAGCAAUUGGCUCGCAGUGCCUCGAUGGCCCUGCUGCCUUUCCUUGAUCUUUUGGCAACGGCUGGCAUUAACAAACUUGGCCUAAGAGCCACCCUUGACCAGGAGAACGUUGGCUACGAAGCCGGAGCGCGGGGUUCCAAGCUGCCGCCGCUGUACAUGAACGCCCUGGAUAACCAUCUGAUAGCUACGCUCCAUGGCGAAUCCUCCGGCAUUCAGGAUCCCAUCGUUCUCGAGCUGGUCUUCUACAUAUUAAACGCAUGACUUUAGUCCCUCAUAGUGCAAUUCUCCUGCUGGAUCUGAAGCCCAAACGGAUACUUUCUUAACUCUAAGCUCGACGCGAUCAAAGCUUACAAUAACUACACGUGCCCAUGGGGCUAAUGAGCAGGAUAUAUAGUCGUAUUGUUGGAUGGCUCAGUUAACUGUGUACAUAUUUAAGUAGAUUAUCGAUUGGUUUUGUCUCUGCUUUUCUACGAUUCUCCUCCCUCCCUCCCUUUCAUUUAAUCUGUUAUAUUAUUCCUGAAUUUUAUUUGUUUUGAGUUUUCAUUGAAAGUAAAAAGUAUCUAAGAAACCUAAA